CCAUUUCUUCUUUUUCGUCUUUCACGUCCGUGUGUAUGUAUAUAAACCCACCUUUCUCAGUUUCCAGUGCAUAGUACAUAUACUUCCCAAUCGUUUCUCAGAUUUUUAGACCACUCAUUCUGCUCCUUGAUCGUCUUCAUCGUCUUCAUCGUCAUCAUCUGCUCCUGUGAGCCGCUCAAAUUGGUCAACUAAAGCUCUAGAAAGAUGGGUAUGGUGGUGGUGAUAUCUCUGCCUCUGAUUCUCUUCUACUUAAUUCUGGGUUUGGGAUGCUAUUUCCUGGGAAGAGCCAGAGGCAGACAAGAUAUAAAGACGCAUCCUCAAGUCUUCGGUGUGCCCACCACUCCUCCUAAUUCUUUUCCUCCUCAUUCGGCUCCUCCAACUCACCAUUCAAAGCCAGACAACGCUGAUAAUGUUUGAUCCAAUCAAUAAUUUCCUCUUUCGUAUACUUUAUGGUGUUUGUGUGGGUCGGUGAUCCCUUUUCUUUUGGAGAGAUAUCUUCUUUGUUCGAUGGUUGUG